AUGGCAGGUAUGCAGAAAAGAAGGAGGAAUCUUGAAGAUCAAGACGUUAUUGGAAGUGAAGAAGACGACAUCGCCUUUGAUAUCGCCAAUGAUAUUGCUUUAAAUGAUAGUGAAAGUGAUUCUAAUGAUUCUGAAAAUGAGAUAGAAGCAGGAUACGGCCCCAGUGAUGUACAAGAUAUUAUUGAAUACAGCUCAGAUGAUGAAGAAGAAGGUAAAAAGAGCAAUAAAAAGAAGAAAACGAAUGACAAGAAACCUGGGAAAAACAAGCACAAUAAAAAGGAAGUAGCAGCAUUUCCGAUAUUGGAACUCUCAGACGAUGAAAACAAUAUAUCUGGUCAAACUCAAGCAGGUGAAGAAGAGGAUGAUGUCAAUGAGUAUUUUUCCACUAAUAACUUAGAAAAACAAAAGCAUAAAAAAGGUAGUUUCCCUAGUUUUGGUUUAUCUAAGAUUGUAUUGAACAAUAUCAAGCGGAAGGGGUUUCGCCAGCCCACACCUAUCCAAAGAAAGACUAUCCCGUUGAUUUUACAAAGUAGAGAUAUUGUCGGUAUGGCACGUACCGGUUCUGGUAAGACGGCAGCAUUCAUCUUACCGAUGGUGGAAAAGUUGAAAAGUCAUUCAGGUAAGAUUGGUGCUCGUGCAGUUAUUCUUUCACCUUCCAGAGAAUUGGCCAUGCAGACUUUCAAUGUCUUCAAGGACUUUGCCAGAGGUACGGAAUUAAGAAGUGUCCUCUUAACCGGUGGUGAUUCCUUGGAAGAGCAAUUUAGUAUGAUGAUGAGCAACCCAGACGUUAUUAUUGCAACACCUGGUAGAUUUUUGCAUUUGAAGGUCGAAAUGAACCUUGAUUUGAAAAGUGUCGAAUAUGUUGUUUUCGAUGAAGCAGAUAGGUUGUUCGAAAUGGGUUUCCAAGAACAAUUGAAUGAAUUACUUGCAUCUCUACCUACAACAAGACAGACUCUGUUAUUUUCUGCUACUCUGCCUAACUCAUUGGUAGAUUUUGUCAAGGCUGGUUUGGUUAAUCCAGUUUUGGUUCGUUUGGAUGCAGAAACUAAAGUUUCAGAAAAUUUAGAGAUGCUUUUCCUAUCCAGCAAAAAUGCAGACAGAGAAGCAAAUCUAUUGUACAUUUUACAAGAAGUUAUAAGGAUUCCAUUGGCAACUAGUGAACAACUUCUAAAGCUUCAAAAGAGUACCAAUGAAGCAGACAGCGACUCAGAUGACGAAAAUGAUCGUCAAAAGAAGAAGAUAAAUUUCAAGAAGGAAAAGUUCCGCAAACAAAAAAUGCCGGCGGCCAAUGAACUGCCUUCUGAAAAGGCAACUAUUUUAUUCGUUCCAACAAGACAUCAUGUGGAAUACAUCUCUCAACUCUUGAGAGACUGUGGAUACUUGAUUUCGUAUAUUUACGGUACUUUGGAUCAACAUGCUCGUAAAAAUCAACUAUAUAACUUCAGAGCAGGUUUGACUUCCAUUUUAGUUGUUACAGAUGUUGCUGCGAGAGGUGUUGAUAUUCCAAUGUUAGCGAAUGUUAUUAAUUACACGCUGCCGGGUUCAUCCAAAAUUUUUGUUCAUCGUGUUGGUAGAACUGCAAGAGCUGGUAACAAAGGUUGGGCAUAUUCGAUUGUGGCUGAAAAUGAACUGCCUUAUCUUCUGGAUUUGGAGCUCUUUUUGGGUAAAAAAAUUCUUCUGACACCGAUGUACGAUAGUCUCGUUGAUGUAAUGAAGAAAAGAUGGGUAGAAGAGGGCAACUCGGCAUAUAAUUUUCAAUUACCAAAACUCUCAUACACGAAACGACUCGUUCUAGGCUCAUGUCCAAGACUGGAUGUUGAAGGUUUAGGUGACCUUUAUAAAAACCUGAUGACUUCUAAUUUUGACCUACAGUUGGCCAAGAAGACAGCCAUGAAAGCAGAAAAGCUAUAUUACAGAACACGUACUUCUGCCUCCCCUGAAUCUUUAAAAAGAAGUAAGGAAAUUAUUGCUUCUGGUUGGGAUGCUCAAAAUGCAUAUUUCGGUAAAAACGAAGAGAAGGAAAAGUUGGACUUUCUGGCUAAAUUGCAAAACAGAAGGAACAAAGAGACGGUGUUUGAAUUUACGAGAAACCCAGACGACGAAAUGGCAGUGUUCAUGAAAAGAAGAAGAAAACAACUAGCGCCAAUUCAACGAAAGGCAACCGAAAGAAGGGAACUAUUAGAAAAGGAAAGAAUGGCGGGUCUUUCACAUUCUAUCGAAGACGAAAUUUUGAAAGGUGAUGAUGGAGAGACAGGUUAUACAGUUUCCGAAGAUGCUUUGAAAAAUUUUGAAGAUGCAGACCAGUUAUUGGAAGCACAAGAGAACGAAAGCAAGAAGAAAAAGAAACCGAAAACUUUCAAGGAUCCAACUUUUUUUUUGAGUCAUUACGCACCAGCUGGGGAAAUACAAGACAAACAGUUGCAAAUAACUAACGGUUUCGCUAAUGAUGCUGCUCAAGCCGCUUACGAUUUGAACAGUGAUGAUAAAGUACAGGUUCAUAAGCAAACGGCUACUGUGAAGUGGGACAAAAAAAGAAAGAAAUAUGUAAACACUCAAGGUAUUGAUAAUAAGAAAUAUAUCAUUGGCGAAAGUGGUCAAAAAAUUGCGGCAAGUUUCAGGUCCGGCAGAUUUGAUGAUUGGUCGAAGGCCAGAAAUCUGAAGCCAUUGAAGGUCGGUUCCAGGGAGUCAAGCAUACCAUCUAACUUGCUCCAAGAUCCUUCGCAAGGUACCGGUUCAAAUGGUAGAACAGUUCGUGGGAAGUUCAAGCAUAAACAAAUGAAAGCACCUAAAAUGCCAGAUAAACAUAGAGAUAAUUACUACUCACAAAAGAAGAAGGUGGAUAAGGCCCUACAAAGCGGUAUUAGCGUCAAGGGGUAUAAUAACGCUCCAGGUCUACGAAAUGAAUUGAAAUCUACUGAACAAAUCAGAAAGGAUAGGAAUAUGGCAGAGAAAAAACGUGCAAAGAAUGCCCGUCCCUCGAAAAAGCGUAAAUUUUAG